AUAGUAAAUAUGUAAACACCAACAAUGUGUUCCAGCUGAGCCCUAUGUCAGACUGAGCUCUACGGCGCCCUCUGGUGGUAAACAUUCAGCCAUGUUGGUCUGCAGCGUCUACGACUUCUACCCCAAACAGAUCAGAGUGAAGUGGACCAGAGACGGACAGGAAGUCACCUCUGAUGUCACUUCCACUGAUGAGCUGGCAGACGGUGAUUGGUACUACCAGAUCCACUCUCACCUGGAGUACACGCCCAGACCUGUCCAUGCCGGAGUUUCAGAGGAACAGGCUCAUCAUCGUGGCGUCAGGACUGAUCCUGGGUCUGGUCUUAUCUCUGGCUGCAUUAAUCUUAUACAGUAGGAAGACCUGCGGUCAGAUUCCUGGUUCAAAACCAGUUCAGACCAGUUCAGACCAGUU